AUGGCGACUGCAAGACCGUCACCUCUGGCCAGCUCUGUAGAGAAGACAAAUGGAAACAAGCUAAGCAGACUUCUCAUCGAUGGCGGAACAACAGUGCUGAAGAAUAUUUUUGAUUACUAUCACCCUCCUGCCAACUUGGCUGGUAAUCUUAGUUCCAAAUGUAUUCAUUCCAUUCUUACGAGACUUCGGCAUAGAAACAUUCUGAAUGGUAGUCAAUGGGACAAACUCUUUCCAGGAGGAGGGACACCAAACUCUAUUAACUUUGAUAUCACUCUUCUUUUCCUCUUGCUGACUAACAUUUGCGGACUAUCCCCGCCCCUCUCGGGCUCUUGGCACAAAAUGCCCCCCGCGAGUGACACCUCUAGGGAGGCUAACCUUGCUCGCAUGAAGUACUAUCGAAACGUGCUUUAUGGUCACGUGGCGACAACUGGCAUUCAGACAUCAGUGUUUGAUGUGAAAUGGAAGGAAAUAAGUUCCGUUCUUGUUUCGCUUGGUUUAAGUCAGUCUGAAGUGGACAGAUUAAAGCGAGAGCCUUGUGGAGAGGACUAUGUCAGCGCUGUUACGGAAUGGAUGAAAAAUGACGAGGAGAUCCAAUUCCAGCUGAAAAAUCUACUUACAAAACAACAGCAAGUGCUCCAAACCCAAAAGGAAGAUCACAGAACUCUUCACGAUACGCGUCAAAUAGUUGGAAAAGUGCAAGAGACGCAAAUAGAAGCCAGCAAAUUACAACAGAAGGACCACAAAACUCUUCAAGAUACACACCAAACAGUCCGGCAAGUAGAACAGACUCAAAUGGAAGCUAGCAAAUUGCACAAAGAGGACCACAAAACUCUUCAAGAUACGUACCAAACAGUUCGCCAAGUAGAACAGACUCAAAUGGAGGCAAAAAAAUUGCACAAAGAGGACCACAAAACUCUUCAAGAUACGUACCAAACAGUUCGCCAAGUAGAACAGACUCAAAUGGAGGCUAGCAAAUUGCACAAAGAGGACCACAAAACUCUUCAAGAUACGUACCAAACAGUUCGCCAAGUAGAACAGACUCAAAUGGAGGCUAGCAAAUUGCACAAAGAGGACCACAAAACUCUUCAAGAUACGUACCAAACAGUUCGCCAAGUAGAACAGACUCAAAUGGAGGCUAGCAAAUUGCACAAAGAGGACCACAAAACUCUUCAAGAUACAAACCAAACGGUUGGCAGAGUGGAACAGACGUUUCAACAUACACACCAGGCAGUUGGCAAUUUACAACAGGUGCAAAAAGAGGCAGUCAAAUUGCAAAAAGAGGACCACACAAUUCUUCAGGACACGCGCCAAGCAGUUGAAGGUGUACAGCGGUCUAUACAAGAUACAAAACAGAUGUUACGUGAAGUUCGGAGAACGCAACAAGAGUCGCAGCAGAAGAUAAAGUAUGAGGCUGCAAACGCUGAAGAAAGAAGAGAUAAAGCUAAAGAGGAUGAAGCUUUGAAAAAAUUAGCAAAAGUUAACACCGAGGGAGUCAUCCAGUAUCACUCUGGGAAAUACCAGGAGGGAACGCGCUUGCACAUCUUUGAGAAGAUCAAGUUGUGGCUAGACGAUCUUACAUCUGAAAACCGUGUGAUGGUAAUCAGUGGAGAUGCGGGAAUGGGCAAAUCAGUGAUCGCUGCUGUCGUUUGCCAAAGAAUGCAGCACGCUGGUCGGCUCUCAGGAAGCCACUUUUGUCAGCACAACAAGGAACGUUACAGAAACCCCAAGGUGAUGCUUCAAUCGUUAGCUUGUCAGCUGUGUGAUGUUUUACCAGAAUACAAAAGUGAACUUGUGGAGAAACUUUCUAGAAACUUGGGUGUGGACAUGAACAGCCUAGAAGUUCAGGAGUUGUUCGAAUUUCUUUUCGAAGAGCCUUUAUGCGGCGUAGGAGACCCUGGGAGAAAUUUGCUGUUAGUUAUUGAUGGCCUGGAUGAAAGUGAAUACCAAGGGCGCAAUCAGCUGCUUGAAGUCAUUGCUAAUCACUUUUGCACGCUUCCUUCUUGGGUUAGGUUUUGUGUUACCGCUCGACCGGAAGUAAAUAUCGCAGGCCGUCUUAAAAAGUUUAAUCCUGUUCAGCUGAAGCAAGAUGAUGAAGAAAACGUUAAAGACAUCAGACUCUUUCUUGAAAGACAGCUAAGCAACGUUAUUCAAUCGGGCGUUAAAGAAGUCGUUAUCAGUGAACUGGCCCGAAAAGCUGCUGGACAUAUUUUAUACGCCUAUUUGAUGGCCGAUUUUAUCAACAAAAACUUUUCAAGUUUCACCCCUGAGGAUUUGGGAAGAACGUUACCUUCUGGUGUAUCAUCUGUUUAUCAGAAUUAUUUUGAACGUUUGGAGAGAGAAUUAAAAAGUAUUGAGGAAUUGACGAUAAGUGCUGACCAGUUUUUUACUUUUCUUAGUGCUUUUGCAGCUGCAAAAGAACCUCUUCCUCUAGACUUUGUUUCUAAGAUGUUGCGGUCGGACGCAAAGUCUCCAGCUUGUCACCCGAAGGUAAGAAAGGCUAUCGAAUGUAUCUCAACCCUUCUACCUGUUCAGGAUGGCUGCAUUCACUUCUUUCACAAAUCAGUUAAGGACUGGUUGACUGACAGAACUGCUUACGGCCAACACAGCUUGUCUGUGGAUGAAAAACAAGGUCACCGCCUCCUUUCUCAGCUUUGUAGUGGUGAAUUAAAUGAUGUUAAAAAUAAAGGUGUUCACGGCACAGAUCUCAGUGACACUGCGAAGUACGCCCUACAGCAUGGUGUUUAUCACAUGCUUGAAUCGGAAGAGAGUACAGAAGCAUCCAGCUUUAAAGAAAUCGUUGAGAACUACGUAAUCGACUUUGAGAUUAUAUUUGCAAAGUUGUGUGUAAACGACACGACUAGUUCCGAAGAUAUUAUUCUUGUUCAAGAACAUGAACUUUAUCAAGCACUGAGUGGCAAGAGUAAAAGAACUCUUAGCACGUUGAUGUUUCUUUUGAGAAAGUACUUUGAAAGGCUGACGAAACUUCCUAGUACAUUCCUUCAAGUGAUGAUGAAUGAGGGAGGAAAAGAUUGUGCUGGUAAAGCGAAAGAGCUUUUACAUAACAAAUAUCAUGAAAUACCGUACAUGAAGUUCGCGGAUGAGCGAGCUGCAAAGGAGGAAAUAAGUGGUAUUCAGGCUGUGUUUCGCUGCACCUCUCAAGUGGCUUGUUUCGAUAUUUCACCUCAGCAGGACUUCAUGGUGUGCGAAUGUAUGGAUGGGACAAUCCAGUUUUGGUCACUCCAAACGGGGAAGUUCAUGUGGAAACGCCCGGUCAUGGUCGAGAAACGUUACGUUGAAAGCCGUGGCGCCUACAGAAUGAUGCCGAACACAUCUGUAUUGUCGUGUUAUCGCUCUGUUGUUUUUCAUUCUUCUGAACCCAUCGUUCUUCCUGGAAUCCUUAGCCAUGCUUACUCAACUAAUGGAGACCUCUUAGCUUUGUUCCCUAACAGCAACUGCAGAUUUACGGUCUGUUCAGUUAAUGGUGAUAGCAUGAUUACAGAUUCCCCUGGUGAUGCAAAAUGCCUUGCAUUGUGGAGUCUAAGAAGUGGCGAAGAGAUCACUCGAACUGUCAGAGAUGAGAAUGUAUUGUCUUUUGCCUGGUCUCCAGAUGGAAAGCUUCUGAUGAUUUCUCAUUUUUCAGGACUAUGUUUGGUUGAUGCUUCGAAUUGUUUUGAGACCCUUGCAAAAGUCACCAGUAUUAGGCCAUAUGGAAUGAUUACAUUUGCUCCUAAUCUCGAAUUCCUGUUUUGCUGGCGUAACGAAGUUAGUUUUCGAAAGGACCCAUACAUGUUCCGAACGUACCAUCGCUUAUACCUCGACGAGUUGAGUAAGGGCAUUUUUGUCUUGAAUAUUGACGAUGACGCUGUUGUUGACUCUGAACCUUGGGAUGAUGAAUCCAGUAGCAAAGGUGGAUUCUUGAUGGGAGAUCUUAUGUCGUAUUUUUUUAGGAGUUUUGAGUUCCUUGAAGAAGAACGGGCGUUUACGUUUGUUUUAAACAAACAAAGGGUGCUAAGGAUGUCCCCAGGAAACAACUGUAUUACCAUGUUCAGUCCUGAUCGACUUAAAAUUGCAAGAACCAUGUCCUGUACAAACCUCCGUCAUGUUGCCUUUGCUUUAGAUGGGAAGACCGUUUAUGGUGUUGCCGAAAGGAAUAAAGCAGUGGUAUCUUUUGAUGUGUCAAGUGGAAAACCUAAAGGAAAGAAGGAGAUUGAUACUUGUGAUCUUCGUUUUCCUAACCCGCCUUUUAUCGCCGCGAACAAUUUGGAAAAUUUUGUUUGUCUUGUACCAGUGAACAACGGUGUCGUUUUGAAACAUCGUGGGAUUGCUGUUCAGCUAUGGAAUUUUGAGCUGUCACAACAAGUCCAAAGUUGGCCCAGUUUAUGGGACGUUAUGUAUAUAAUGCCAGUCACAGACCGGUGUUUAGCAUGUGUAGGAAGACGAGUUGAAGUAAGCAUCCUGGACACAUCAAGUGGAGACAUUGUAAAGACCAUCCCAAUUUGUCAUAGAAGUCAUAACAGAUACGAGUCAACUUAUCAGUUCAGGUUUACACAAGUAAUAGUAUGUAACAGAAAAUAUCAACUGCUAUCCAUCGCUCGUGACUCUGUUCAGCUGUCAGACGACGAACGUUGUCUAUGGAACAGACCCUGGAAAAGUUCCCUUUUAGACUCCUGGAAACUACAAGGGAUGUUUUCUCCAACAGAAGAGUUUGUCCUAAUCCCCGCAGAAACGUGUCAGUGCAGACAAGAAGUACACGUGCUUGAUGCGUCGUCAGGUAACACCCUCCGCACACUAUGCACAGUCGAUCACGUAUUCAACUGGGCGUUCGUUAGUGACGAGGAAUGUGUAAUCGGCUGCCAGAAUAUCUCAGAAAGUUUUUCUCUUCAGCUGUUUAAUGUAAGGACUGGGGAUUUUCUAACUGUACUUGAUGCGGAUUCUAGACCUACCUGCUUGGCUUCCUUUCUGCAAACGAGUUUGAUCGCCGUUGGCUUAAGUGACUCCAAACGUAUGUGCUCGAUUAUUGAAGUAAGACUGCCGCGAGACAAAGUUAACUUUGAAGCGCCAGGUAAGUAGUGCGGUUUUUUUUUUCCAACCUGUACAUCAGUUUAAUCAAUAAAUAUAUUCUUUCAUUGGGCCUUACAGUCGAUUAAUCAAUUGUUGAUUUAUUCACUAGUAUUUGGUCUGUCUCAGAUAAAGAACAGGGUUUUAACUUUUUGCCUAUAACUGAUGAAUUUUUUUUAGUGACUGCUCAGCUCAACUGCUGUUCAGGCAGGCAGCUAGACCGACAACUAAAUUGCAUAGUUUAGUAAAUGACCUGACGACAGACAUCAACAAAAAAUUAAUAAGUCAAUCAUUUUGGAAGAAACAAGCAAAUGCAUAUGAAGAAAGAAAGUUUAACGAUGGUCGACCUUGCGACAUUUCGGGCGAACAAUCUUGUAUGACCUUAUGCUGUCCUGGUCAAACACUGCUGUUAAUCUUGCCUUUGGAGUUUCUUAGGGAAAUACCACUACUGCCGGAGAAAAAGUAUCGUAAUUUGCCUAAUUCAAUGAAGUUAAGAAGGCUAAACCUAAGUCUUCAAACCAGCAAUUUAUGUGAGAUUUAACUCAAUGCGAAUCUAGUGAUGACUAGCCCUGGGGCAUUUGAUUAUAAAAUUUGCUGCUCUUGUAAUAUAUUUCUAAUAAUACUGAGACCGCCGCAAUCAAGACGCGAUCUGACAAGAGCUGUGUAAUGCAUAAACUACGAGCAGUUUCUUAUUCUUCUAUUUAGCCACAGUUGAUCGAGAGCACGCUCGAGGGGAGAGCGUUGAAGACGGUCUUUUUUCCUCUCUCUGCCAUAAUCUAUUAUUCUUUUUAUUCUAAUUUGCAUAAUAUUAUUUUUCGCUCGCCGCGCCUGGCUCUGAGGAAAGAAAGACGACCGGUCGCUUUAUAUGCCCUAGAACAGUUCAUCUUAAUGAAGCCCACUGUUCCAUCAGUGUUAAGUUCCCUGUGAUAAUCCCUCUUUGAGAUAACACACACUGUUUAGAUCAUCAUUGUAAUGUUUUGCAGUUUCCCAAAGCUCAACACCCGGGGAGGAGGACAGCUUCGCUAUGUGUAAACCGCUGUGCAAGUUGUAAGUGCACCGUUCUUCAUCCCUCCUGUUAUAACUCUUUAAAUAAAUUAAUUUAUCAUUCAUUCAAAAUAUUUCGCCGUUUUGAUUGGCCCAAAUCCGCCAGCCUUGUUCAGUUUGGUAUCACCACCUUGCUUCCAGGCAGAGGCUCGGCAGCCUAGCUGUUUUGGGAUGAGUAAACAAAAACAAAAAAGUGGCAGAAAAGUUCACGGCUAUCCCAGGACCAAAUAGCCGAAUUACUUAUUAAAACUUGGAAUUUGUGCUAAGACACGCAAACAUCUAUCUUCUUUUAGAGGAGUAUCUCAAGAAAAAAAACUUCUGUUCAUAUCAUGAAACUGCCUAUAAACAGGCGAAUGUUUUGAAGAGUCUUGGAGGAAGUAAGGGUGUAAAGAACAUGGAAAUAUUUUGAAUGAAUAAUAAAACAAGUAUUGAAUUCGGCCGUCGAAGAAUAAUGCUUAUCUCGGAGACUGUUAUCCACAUUAGCCGAUCUUCAUAAUUCGUCAUAUUAUAACCAGUCCCAUUCAAUAAUUCUGUAAUAUCCGCAUACAGAUGAUCGCCCUCAUUUCCUAAGGAUUGGUUUAGAGAAUUUGAUAAAAGGACAAAGUAUUUUGCCUUUGGUGAUUACUUUGUUAAUUUUCAUAACCUUUUCUUUUGAUGUUGUAUACCCAUGGACAUUUGUUAGUAGAAAAUUUCACUUGUUGGUAAUCCUUUGGACUUGAAGGAUUAAGCUGCUAAAUAGGUCAUUUUUAUGGAUGUAAAAAUAAGGAGAGUUUAAAAGGCCUGCGUACUUGACAACUAUUUGCAUUGGAUACUUAAAUCACUUUUGAGCGUUUUUGUGUGUUUGUCUUUCACUUACUUCAUUCUAUUGGCAUGGUUUAGUUAUUAAACAUGUUUGUCGGUGCGGAUGAGCCGCAAAGCAUAUUUAUGCCAUCUAGUGUUGUAUUUGGUAAAAACACCCCAGAUACAUCGGAAAGUCGCUAAUGUUCCCUGAAUGGUAGCUGACUCAAUCUGUCUAAACUAACCUGAGCUGAAUUGAACAGAGCUGUUGACAGUCUCUCACAGGUAGUUCUGUAGAUGUUCUUGAGAUUGAUAGUUGUGGUAGUGAUUUUCAUUUUGCAAUUUUCUUAGCCUGUGUCAGGCCGUUAGAUAGUAGGGACGUCGCGAAAAUAAAACUAGUCAAGUGAAAAUAAGACGCGCGCGAUCUCCCCAGCCCCCGCGCGUUUUUCGUAUCACUUUUUACUGCGCGACUGCACUUCUAUCUUGGAGGUUGGAACGGGUUACAAUUCUGUGCCUUUUUUGUAAACGUUUUUUACUUACAGUUACUUAUUAAUUUGACAGGUUUUAAGCUUUCAUGACGAUAAUGGAUGUGUUUAAUGCCAUUUCACGUGGCUAGUCUCGCAAUCUGACAGAAGCAGAAAACAGACAAACUGACGGAAAACCUCAAGGGUGGAUCGUCAAAAGUAUGCAGCCAGCAGUACAAAACGCAUAUUCAAGUGUAGCCUGCGAGCAUCUCUCCUAUUUGGGCGAGGCUCCUGUGCCCCGCGUGGCUUCGCCGCUCGCUCGCUCGCGCGUUCUCGCGAGACUCGCUUCGCUCACCCAAAUAGGAGAGCUUUCUCGCAGGCUAAUUUAAGUGGUCUUAAUUAGUGUAGUACCAUUAAGGGGCUGACAAUAAUUAUUAGCUAGUAAACAGAAAACCUCUAGUAAUACCAUUUUAAUCCCAAUCAAAUAAGGAAUGUAUUUGAAGAAUUUUUUAUUGGUGUCAUUAACUGACUUAAUGUUAGCAAGUAAAACCAAAAAAAAAAAUCAAAGAAAUAAGGGACUACUCGCAGUGCAAUUAAAUUAUGUAGGUUUAGUUAGUAAUUUUGUGAAGAAUUUAUUCUAAAGGUUAUAAUAUUAUGCUAAGGGGUUUUAUUAACAUCAUUAAAUGACUCAAUAACAGCCAUCGUUUUUACGUGAAGUAGUUUCUUUUAAGAUUGAAUUUAAUAUUUAGUCAUUAUCGAAAGCAAUUUAGCUUAUUACGUUUAUAUUCGAGGAGUUAUCUAGUAGUCUAGGACUUGUGUAUUAGUAAGUGAAACAGAACAUCAGAGAAAUUUAUGUCCACUAUCUCUAGGCAUGUCCAGCCCUGGCCAUGAAAUCCAGAGUUUAUUUACUUCUUACUAAGUUUCACACUUCUCAGAGGUGUUGAAGUGUGGA